CUGCACAACAAGUCAGUCUACUUCAGGAUUGGUCUUCGCAAAAUGGUGAACCGGUCGAGUUGCAAAGACCUUCACAAGAAGAUUGUCAUUGAGGCUGACGGCAAAACUCUCGACCUGCCUCAUCUCGAGGGAGUGAUUGUGCUUAAUAUCCUCUCCUGGGGAGGUGGAGCGAAUCCCUGGGGUCUGGACAAGGAUGACACCUUCACGAGGCCUACACACUACGAUGGCCUGCUGGAGGUUGUUGGCAUCUGCGGUGUGCUCCACAUGGGUCAGAUUUACUCCGGUCUCCGAACCGGUAUUCGACUUGCUCAAGCAGCUCAUUUUAUUGCGUUCGACCUUGGAAGCAUUUCGAGUACCGUCAGCCAUCCCACGUUGACCCCUUUUGCUGAAGUAGCGUAUUUUCAUCCCGCUCCUGUCUACGUAUUAUCAUGCGACUCUCCUUCCGCCGGAGACAUCAUCGACGAAAUACUGAGGUUGGACAACAAAGUAACUCCCAGACAGGAUGACAACUCCUCCCUCAUCCUGAAGUCUGAAUGUCUCGUUUUGACACUGGAAUCCGAACUUCGUAGCAUGAUUGAGCAUGUAUAG